AUGUUAACGUCAUUAACGCGGAGAAGUUCAGGAGUCUCGAAUUUAGCUAUGGUUAAGAACGGUGAAAGAUUGUUCAUCGGUGCACCUGGAAGUUGGUAUUGGCAAGGUCAACUUUAUUCCAUCAGCACAUCGAUGAAAUUCCAAUUUGUGGCAACUACGUCCUUCCAUCAGGAAGAAGUUGCAGGACAAGUAUUUUCGCAACCGUUGAAUAAUCGCGCUAAAGUGAUGUUCACAAAGGAAGCACCGGCAAGCGAGGACGACAGUUACAUGGGCUACUCGGUCGCCACGGGAGACUUUGUUGGAAACGGAGACAGUGGCACGGCUGUUGGUGUACCCAGGGGAUCUGGUCUUCGUGGCAAGGUCGUACUAUUCACUUCCAAUAUGACUAAUCAUCAGAACGUAACUGGUGAACAAAUGGGUGCAUACUUCGGUUACGCAGUUGCAGCUGGUGAUAUUGAUGGUGAUAAUUUGGAUGAUCUUAUAGUUGGAGCACCCAUGUAUACUAUUCCAGAUAAUCCAGAAAUGUAUAUUGAAACUGGAAGGGUUUAUGUUAUUUAUCAAGGAAGAGGUUUAGAAAAAUUCCGAAAGGUUGACAGCAGAGACGGAGAGAGUAAUCGCGGACGUUUCGGUUUGUCACUGGCAUUUCUAGGAGAUAUUGACCAUGAUGGUUAUGGAGAUUUUGCCGUGGGUGCUCCUUACGCUGGAUUGAACGGUCGGGGUGCUGUUUAUGUUUAUCGAGGAUCGAGAAAUGGCGUAUCAGAGAAAUAUUCUCAAGUUAUUCAUGCAGAAGAAUUGAACGUCCCAAUUGAAACCUUUGGAUUUUCCGUAGCUGGUAGUUUGGAUCUCGAUGGCAAUCAUUAUCCCGAUUUGGUCGUUGGUGCUUACGAAUCUAGCUCGGCAUUCUUCUUCAGAGCACGUCCAGUUAUCAAAAUGGAUUCUUUCGUUACAUUUGAAACCGAAUCUAAAUUGAUUUCAUUGGACGAUAAGAAUUAUACUCUAUCCGAUGGUACCAGAGUUACGUCUUUACCAUUAAGAGGCUGUUUCAAAUACAGUGGUGAUGGUGUCUCAUCCAAAUACGUUUUCAAUGUUCAAUAUGUCGUUGACGUUAAGAAAACUAAAGCACCCCGAUUAUUUUUCAUCGAGGAUGAGAAUAAAAAUAUGAUAAACAAAACGAUCACGAUCGAACGAAAUCAACAACUCUGUCGUACAGUACAGGUUUACGUGACACCUAACAUACGCGAUAAGUUGACAUCGUUGGAAGCUGAGUUACGUAUAAGUUUGAAAGACGAUCAUUUGCCUGAUAAUCGUCCACGUGAUCCUAGGAUUUCGUUAAGACCAGUUAUCGGUGCUACCACGUCCAAAAAAGAUUCAUUAUCGAUAAGAAAGAAUUGUGGUCCUGAUAAUGUCUGCAUACCAGAUCUACGACUCAGUGUGAAACCAAACGUUGGACGAUACCUUCUAGGAUCUGGAAAGAAAUUGGAAUUGGAGAUUUUGGUGAUAAACAAUGGCGAGGAUGCUUUCGAAGCGACUUACAAUAUACAAUUGCCAGCUGGUAUCGAUUAUAUUAAAAUCGAGAGAAUCGAUAAAACCGAAGUACCCGUACAAUGUUCAGCACCUAAACAAUCAAACAACAAUACUUUGCGUUGCGAUAUCGGCAAUCCUUUACCUCAAAUGCAAUUGGUCAAUUUCAAAGUACUAUUGCAACCUGUUACAUCUAGCAGUAUGGCACCUUCUUACGAAUUUUAUAUGGAAGUAAAUACGACCAAUCCUGAGAAUAGUACAACAACCGGUGAUAACAGUUGGCACUUGUCUUUACCAAUUUGGAUCGAAACAGAAUUAAUUGUGGAAGGUGAAAGUCGACCUAAAGAAAUCUAUUACAAUCCUAACAAUUACACUGGAACGAACGUUACGACUGAAUCGGAAUUUGGACCAGCUGUCAUUCAUAAUUAUAUUAUAUAUAAUCAAGGACCAUCGGAUAUAGUUGAAGCAGAAGCAUUUCUCAUAUGGCCAGCACAAACUCUUGCCGGUGAAGAAUUGUUGUAUUUGAUUGAGCAACCAGAAACAACUGGAUCGAUUGCUUGCGAAACGGCCAAUGCUAAUUAUCUUAGCCUGCAGCUUGAGCAACGUAAAAGACCAUUGCAAAAUUAUCCCGAUCCAUCUGGCGUUAUUUUGGAUGAAUCGCAUUCGGGCAAGACGAUCAACGUACAAAGAGGUUUUGAAACGAUGCAAGGUAAUAAUAAAUCAAAUCGCAAGGAAGAAAGUGACGUAAACAGUGGUGACAGUUCGGACAUACAAAAAUCACGACACUCUUCAUCGUCAUCUACGAAUGUAAUUAACAGCGAAACCAGAAGGAUACAACUUACAUCUAGCGGAGAACAAUCCGGUGUAAUAAGCACCUCGUAUACGCAAAACAGUUCUGGUUUGACGAGUAGUAGUAGUACUAGUAGUAGUAGUAGUAGUAGUAUUGGUGGUGGUAGUAGUACAUCCGAUGGAAUAUCUGGUGUUAACAGAGGAAUUAUUUUCCAUUCGGACUCCGAUGGUUAUGGUGGUAGCUCAACGAAUAUAGGAAGUGGAUUACAUACGACCGUUCAAGGAAAUAAUUUCGAUUCGAAUUUAUCAAAUUUGGAAAAAUCACAUAACAACAAACAAUUAAAUUACAAUAGGACUUUUGCUGGUCGUUGGAAUGAAGGUGAUAGAAUUGUUUAUGGAAAUCAAGAAAGUUCAUUUUCUUCGAUGCGUACUCCAGUGCUCGUCGAUGAAAGUGAAAAUAUAAGACAGUACGAAGAACGCGUGAGAAAACAGGAAGCAGAACGUCGUUAUCAGGAACAAGAAACUAUAAGACUCGAGGAAGAAGCUCGUUUGAGAAGGUUGCAAGAAGAGAGACGUUUAGAUCAAUUAAAACGAAUUGAGGAACAACAACGUUUGUCUCGACAACAAGAAUAUGAACGUUUGUUAUCGGAAGAACGACGAAAGGAAGAAGAACGUAGAAGAGAAGAAGAACGAUUAAGACAAGAAGGAGGAAAAGAAGGAGAAGGAGAAGGAGAAGAAGAAGAAGAAGAAUAUGAUUACGAUGACGAAAAGACAUAUGAUGAUGUUUUGGAAAAUCGUGACGAAGAAAGGCAAACGGGAGGAUUCAUAACUGGUGAUAGAGAACAUGUUGUUGGUAGCAGUGAACUAGAAUUUCGUUUGCGAAACAUUAGUUCUACUCAAGAAUUAGAGAAGAUUCUUGGAUCAUUGUCGAAAGAAGCGACUGGUUAUCAAUCGUACAGUAGACAGGGUAAACAAUAUGUUCAGUUUAUGGGACGAUUUAGAACAUCAGCCGAUAGGAAAGAAUACAUAGAAUUUCAAGAUGGUUCGAUGUUCCCAUUACAAGAUCAAAGAGGCGUACAGAGUUACAGUUCUGAAUCAAUCGAACCACAAGAUAGUAGAUUUUUGAGAAUAGAAGGUCAGCUUUUGAUUGGACAAGAUAGGAAAGGAUAUAUAGUGUUGAAAGAUGGUCGUAGAUUUCCUUUACAAGGAUCUUACACUUAUACGGAAGAACGUACUUACACUAUAGGUGGUAAUAAUCCAACUAUCAAAUCUUAUAGCAGAUCACAACAAACGGGGGGAUCAUCCAAUGUGGAUAAAGAUUACGAGAGCCGAUUUAGCUCGCACGUUGACGAACACACACGAACGGAGGAUAGACAAGUAGACAGCAGAGUCUAUGGUAGAAAUCGUUUCGAUCUUGUUGGUGAGAUAGAUCCAAAUCAUCUCAAUUCAAGAUUUAGACGAGAGAAUGACGAUGCAUUGAGCGUAGCUGAAUUUAGAAAAUUCGAACAAAUGAAUAAUAGACAUCGUCGACAAAUCGAAGAUAAUCUUUCCUCAGAUGUAACUAAUUCUAUCGUUCAAAAUCCGAAUCCAUGUAAUACAACAAAAUGUGUCAUAUUACAUUGCGUCCUUGGUCCUUUGAAGAAGGAUCAAGAGAUAACCAUAGCAGCAAGGUAUCUCGUUAAUAUAAGAACUUUGAAGAAACUUGCGUUCCAAGAAAAAAUUAAAGUCUCCAGUCAGUUGGUAGCACGUGUUACCAAGCAACCCUUUAUUGGUACGCCAGUUGAACAAGUGGUAAAAAGUCACGAAAUUUAUACGAACAUCGAACCAACCGCUGCUCCGUCCUCUCCAGAUAUCAUUCCACUUUGGAUAGUUGUUUUGUCGGCUUGCGCUGGAACGAUAAUCUUAUUACUUCUCAUCUACCUACUUCAUAAGUGUGGGUUCUUCAAAAGAAAUCGACCUUCCGAUGCACCCGAGAGACAACCCUUAAACAGGAAUGGUCACUUUCAACAAGGUGAAGAACACCCUUAAAAAUGGCACCUCUCUUCAAAGAGAGUUUCCUUAGACUUUUCGAGCUCUCUCUCUUUCUCUCGUUUUCUAUCUUCGAACGAAUUUGUAUUUUAACGUUUUGAUCGUGAAUUGGAAAUCACGGAAGAAGUGCCUUAACGUUCUCGAUGUCCAGCUACUAAAGGAGAAGAAAAUGAAUCUAGUGGAUUUUUUUUUUUUGCAAUUGUCUUAUAUGACAAAUGUAUAAAAAAAGAAAAAACAUCUGGUGCAUCGAACGAUAAUAAUUAACGUGUGAUGAUUUGUUGUCGUUCAUACAGCAAUACUUACUGCCACUUAAUACUCCUUCCAGCUCCUGCAGCAGUUAGAUCCACGCAAGUUUCUAGUCAGGAGAUGUUUUGUUUUUUUUUUUUUUAACGUGUAACUUAAUUUACUUUGAAGCCAUUACCUUACGGGUCAUCAGAAGCGAGAGAAAUUCUCAAAGUUUUAUUACCUUUCCUUUCUUUUUUUUUUGUUAUUAUCAACUUAUGCAAAAGACCUUAACCUUUUGAGGAAUCUCAUUCGCUUCUACGAUCAACAACAACAACAACAACAACAAAGCCUUAAUGUGGGCUACUCGUUACAUCUGGGAAAGCAGGCUUGGCAAUAUACGCUAAUUUUUUCAUAUUAUUUAUUAAAUUUAUAUAUGUAUGUAUGUAAACCAUGUAGUAACAUAAAACCAGAGCGUCGUAACAUAUGAUUAGUAGGGCUGCAGCCAUGCCCCAGGUGUGUGUGUAUAAUUUUGUAAAUUAUUAAUUAUGUUAUUAUUAUAAUACUUAAAUUAUACGAAAAGUAAG